AUGACGCCUGUCCUGAAAAUCCUAUUCAGAAAAAGUUCAAGUCUUGGCAGUAUAAGAAACUCACAAGUUCAAGUCUUGGCAAUAUUCGAAACCAAUGUCACCUUUUACAUUGAAGGUGCAAGGGUUGGAAUUCAGUGCAAAGAAAGGAAGACCUUGAAGGAAGUUUUCUACACGGAGGGUGUGACGGAUUCGAUGGGAACAUACCACAUUGAUGUUGAAAAUGACGAUGGCAACCAUAUUUGCCAAUGCAUGCUUGUUAAAAGCCCUAUUCAAUGGUGUAGUACCCCAGAUUCUGGGCGUGACAGAUCCAGCAUAGUACUAACCCACCACAAAAAUGGCAUAGUCAACCAUCUUCACUAUGCUAAUUGCAUGGGUUACCUCAGUGACCAGUCCUUGCCUCAAUGCCACAAACUGCUUAAAUACUAUUUGGCAGACUCCGAUUUUUGA